GCAAGCUCCAAGUUGCCCAUAUCUUUAUAAUGAUGACAUUCUAUAAUGGCUGCUCAUAAAGGCUGCCUUAGCUGUCACUUCCUCUCCUAUAAUGUUUACAUAUAAAUUUAAUAGCAAAUGGAAAUACUGUAGAAAUACUUGUGCUUAAAAGAUAUUUCUGCUUCUAACUGAGCUGUUAUUAUAAAGUCAAGUGAGAGAUUAGAGAUAUAAGGUAACCGUAACACAGAAUGAUGGCUUAACUUCUUCUGGGGCUAUAUAUAAUGCCUGUAUGCUAAUUAGUGUAAAUUUCUUUUCCAUAUAAUUUUUGAUAAAUUGUUUAUAUAAUUGCCAAACCCCAGUGGAAAAGCCACCAUUUUUUGUUUUCUAAAAAUGAUUCCUGAAUCUGAAACACUCUUAGAACUCCCUGUAUUAGAUGUUUCUCAGCAAUUGUGCCCAUCUUCUUUGUCCUCUUUGGCUGCAGCCUGCAAAGAGUGGGGUUUCUUCCAAAUCAUUAAUCAUGGAAUCUCCAAAGAUCUUUACAACAAAAUUUGCACUCACUCAAAAAGCAUUUUCAGCCUCCCUAUCGAGACAAAAAUUAAACUAGGUCCUUUAUCACCAUAUAAGACUUACACUCCUCAUUUCAUAGCCUCGCCCUUUUUUGAGAGCCUUAGAGUUUCAGGACCAGACUUCACAGAUUCUGCUCAGAGUUCUGUAGAAGUUCUCAUUGGUGAACAUGAUUCUGAAUUCAGUGAGGUAUUGCAAGAAUAUGGGAGCAAAAUGUCUGAGUUAUCUAAGGGAGUCCUUAAGCUCGUAUUAAGAACUAUAGGAGCUGGAAUUGAGACAAAAUAUUAUAAUUCUGAGUUUAAGAAUUGCCAUGGAUAUUUGAGAAUAAACAACUAUAUGGCUCCAGAGAGUUCAGACGAAGAAGCUGAGGGUCUUGGAAUGCAUACUGAUAUGAGCUGUGUGACAAUCGUUUAUCAAGAUGAAAUAGGAGGACUUCAAGUGCGAUCAAAGGAUGGAAAAUGGAUGAACAUCGUCCCAUCUGAAGAAACCCUAGUGGUAAAUAUUGGUGACAUGUUGCAAGCUUGGAGCAAUGAACAACUGAGAUCAUCGGAGCAUAGGGUUGUUUUGAAGAAACGCGUGAAUCGUUUCUCUCUAGCUUUCUUCUGGUGCUUUGAGGACGAGAAAGAGGUGUUGGCACCUGAUGAAGUUGUGGGUGAUGGAAACAAAAGGAUUUACGGGCCAUUUGUCUGUUCAGACUAUUUAAAGUUCCGUGAGAGCAACGAGAAAGGUAGGUUUGAGAAAGUUGGAUUUACAGUUAAAGAUUUUGCUGGGAUUGGAUUUCCAAUGUAAAAGCCUGAAUUUGGUGCUUGUUGCAUAGCAUCUACACAGUUCAUCCAAUCAUCAGGCUAGGCUUAGAGUAGGAUAUUGCAUUGUGAAAAGCAUUUUGUAUCUAGUUGGUUUGUCAUAAUAUGUGCUAAAAAUAAUUGCUUGUGUA